AUGACUACUAUUCGGCGAAAGGCACCUCGCCUUUUUUCUGGUGCUGUCUUUCCAGAAGAGACUAGCCGUGGUCUCCUGGAGUUCGCACAGCGCCAUAAUUUGAUGAGUGAUGUCUGGGUACCUAAAAGGUUAGUGGAAAAACUAAAGAAUGGUGCAAGUAUCCUACCUAACGCUAUUUUGUGUGAUGUCUCACUGAUUCCAGGUUGUGGUGUAAUAGAUCCUGAAGUUAUUGGUUUUGAUACUGUCUUGGUAAAUGCUGCGCACACGACUGAUGUGGAUUUUUUUGAACGUUAUCAAGAUAAUAUCAUGUCUGGUGCUUUUAGUCCCUUUCCACUAACAUCAAGAGGUGUACCACAACGUGAAAAUCUCUGCAAAGAGUUUACUAAAUUGGGGAAGAAGAAUGAUUUUAAAAGUCCCUAUUGGGUAAAGCAAAGGAGUAAUGAUCGUCAUAGGGUGAACGCUGAAGAAACCAUUUAUGCAGGACGUUAUAAUCCUACAGAUUGUAUUACGUAUGAACCACAUACAUUUACUAAUCAAUUAUUUCCUCCUGCUAUAGCUCUUCUUAUGCGUCGAAAAGCCUCUCAAUUUGGUUAUAUAUCUCGUACUUGGGUAACAAAAAAGGAAGGAGAAUUGCACGGUACGCGUCUUAAUACAGAACGUUUAAAAGACGGUCCACCGAUAUUUACUGCUUAUUUCUCAGGUCAAGGAAAUGUACAACCUGUAGAAUACUUUUGUGCUGAUCAGUUUGAAGAUUAUACUGUAUUCCCCACUACACGAGAAAUAGAUUUAGCAGUUUGUGGUGUUUUUAUCGGUGAGAAUAAAGUACGUGCUUAUCCUUUAUUGGCUUCACUAGCAGUUGAGUCUUCUGCAGUUAUUAGACACCGUCGAAUGGUUGAAGAGACAUCAAAGUUUUCAUCUCCUCUCUUAAUGGGAUUAUCAAGUAAUGUCUCUUUUUUAAUGCAGAAUAUAGAAUAUAAAGAGAGAUUACGAAAAUUUUCACUUCUUCAUGGAUUCUCACAAGCUAAUUUUAUUCUUCACACUCCAGAGGUUGGACAAUAUUUACAACUAAAACCACAAGAACAGGGUAUAGUCUGUUCUGUAAGUAAAGAAUCUGCUAAAUUACAUUCUUCGAAACAAAAAACUUUUUGUUUUUUUAACGCUGAUCAGUUUGAAGAACCUAAAAUUGUAGAAGAAAUUAUAGAGAGGACUCCAACUCAUUUUUUUAUUCAAAUACCACUUUACGGACAGCUAUUGGUGGAUUGUGCACGUCAGCAGUGUAUAAAAUCAGGGUAUUCUAAAAUGUGGAUACCAGCUUCUACACUUGAAUACUUUGAUGAUACAUGGAAGCCUUUACCAGGUAUUGUUGGUGUGCCAGAAGAGCGAACAACAUCAGAAAUGAUAAUACCUACUCUUUACAACAUUUCUGAGAUAAAUAUUCCUUCUGAUGCACUGAAGUGGUGGCCAACAUAUUUCCCUCGUGAUGCUAAAAAUAAAUUAUACUUGGGUGAAGUAAAGAUGUUACUCUCAAUGCGUGCAUGGGAACAGGGUUACACAUCCCCUGUUUGGAUUACACAAGCGUUGAUAACUCAAAUGGGGGCGACAAGAAAGCGCUGGAGUCGCCGUAAGACAUUUCUCAAGGGGAAUCCGUUUUUGAAACCUCCUUCUGUACUUGUAGGUAAUGAUGAGUAUGUAAACUUGGAGGAGAUAAAAGAUAAGGAACUUUUCACGUUAAACAUAAACCAUGAGAUUGUUGAUUUCGUAACGGAAAAGUAUGUUUAA